GGGGGGGAAGAGGGUGAAACCAAUUUCAAAUGCGUAUCAUAUUCUAGCCACGAAUUACAGUAAUCGAGAGGAACCGGACACCGGAUGGUGAACGGUAAUUGCUACCUUCGCGUUGUAUUAUAUUUGUCGAAAUAUUAACGCAAACGAUAAUGCAAUCCGCUCAAAUUGUUACCGAUGCGAUAGAUCUGUAUCCGCGAAUACUACUGCUCGCGGCAUUACGCCAUUUAAUUUUGACAUGUAACAUUCAUUUCUUGUACAAUGUAGCCAAGUAAGUCAAUCUUUACGCUUUAAUAUAAUCCUUUAUGCAUUCAAGCCCCGCAAGUUUGUGUGACGUACUAUACGCAAAUCAAAUAAACGGAAAAAUAUGUGAUUGACCGCCAUGCUGGCUUCCGAUAUUAUUUCGAAAUGCCACAUUACUGCAUACCUGCAAUCGGUAUCCGAUAAAAAAAGAAAUGAAUUUUUCUCAUUAAUCAAAAUUUAAAAUUGAAGUCAGCUCGCAUAAAACGUAAACAGGCGGUCGUUGACCUCAAUGUUCUCCCGUCCGCCCUCAUGUUCCACUUUCCACGAGUGCGAGGCACCGUAUACUCGUAGUUAUUUUCCGUUCUUACAAGGUAUGCAGUGAAGUAAGGCUGAAGUUGAGUUUCCCGAUACAGUCAUGAAUAUAUAGUUUUGCCCAAAAACAAACGCGUUUAUAUAAAUCCGCGUAUGACGGCCCUUAGCCUUUGCUUUCGAGCAAACGCAGAGAUCCAUUGGAUAUCGAUGUGCAUUUCGAGGUGAGCAACAGGCGUUAGCUUCGGCUAGUUUCGGGUACAUGUUGCGCUCGAGCAAAUUAUAGUAUAUGGAAACAAGAUACCGGUAAAAUACGGUUUCUAACCGGUCUAAUCUCAGCGUUACACCAAACCAGUCGUAAUGUCAACGCGAGGUGGAACAAUGAAAUAAGAUCACGACUCACACGAUGUCACAGUCUAUUAACUAAUGAAUAAUGGCUUCACUUAUCUCGUCAAACGAUGCGCACUUAAUGAUGCUGGAGAUCGUUGUGGACAACGUCUUUGUCCCCUGGGAAAAGGAAUACGACCAACUGGUUUUAAAGAACACGAAAGUCGACUGUUGUAUAUUCGGAAAGGAAUUGGUGACAAUACAACCGAAUCGACGCGAUUACCGUUCUUAUCGCGGCUCCAACGACCAGAAGGAGAAAUUUUACGGCGGUGUCUCCAUCGUUUACGGUAAAUCAGCAAGCUUCUUCGAAAAAGAAAUCAACAACCUCAAUAUCACCAUAUCGGUAAUGAAGAUUGUGGCCGAUAGUUUGUUGAAAGAGUACGAGGAUUGGGGUUUAGAGAAAUGCCAAUAUAUAGGCUUCAUCAAUGUGCCAGUCAGUGAUCUUCUAAACAGCAUCAGAGAGCAAAUGCAUAAGAGGAACAAAUUGAAGAAACACUUGUCGGACUUCUACAAACGGCAGAUUAUUUCGAGGUCCACGAUGGGAACUUACACUUUGCUAAUAGGAGAGAACGCGAAAGUCAAGGAUGAAGAGUACGCAGUAGAAACCGAUGCCAAAAUAACGAUCUACCUUCGUAUCAGUUACCUCGGCAAAAGUAUUGUAACAGAGAUCGGACAUUUGAAAAGUGAAAUCGAAUCGUUUAGUGUUCGUGCGGAGCUAGACGAGGAAGAGCCGUAUCGGAUGCAAGAGGUGACACGGAAGGCUCUUGAAAGCGGUUCCUGGGACGGCAGUUUCUCUCGUAUUCUUUCUUGCUUUAAGUGUCUUCUCAAGAAAUUAGCCAGAAAUUAUACUAGAAUCGCGACAACAGCCGUUGCAGAUGCAACGAAUGGCGUUGGUACAAUCGCGCCCAAGAUAGCUGCUGCAGAUGCAGCAAAUGGCGUUGAUACAAUUGUCACCGCGGCGGUUCCUGCAGAUGCAGCGAAUGGCGCUGAAACACCUACGACAAGAAUAGCUGCUGAAGCAAUGUACAGUUCGACGAUAACCGAAUACGAGGACAAUAAAGGCCAAAAGUCAGUGCAGCCGGAAAUGGAAAAUGGCACGGAUUCGAUUCUCCGUCAAAAGCUGCCAAAAGAGCACAUACCGGCGGAGCAGCCAUUAAUUUGGCGCAAUAUCAUUGUUCUCGCUAUAGUGCACGUCAUGGGAGUGUAUUUGUUCAUUACGCAAUAUCGUAAUGUGAAAUUUUGGACCUGGAUAUUUGGUGUAACAACUGGACACGCGGCCGGUCUCGGCAUCACAGCGGGUGCUCAUCGUCUCUGGGCGCACAGAAGCUACAACGCCAAACUACCACUCAGAAUAUUGCUCAUGACUCUGUACUGCAUGGCCGGUCAGUUACAGCCGUCCAAAUGGAUACGCAUCCAUCGUACCCAUCACAAGUACACGGACACUUCCGCGGAUCCGCACGACGCAUCUCGUGGCUUUUUCUAUUCUCACAUUGGCUGGGUGAUGAUGAGGAUUCAUCCAGCGGUCAAGGAGUACGGUAAAACUGUAGACAUGAGUGACGUCCAAGCCGAUCCAGUCAUACGCUUCGCUGACAAAUAUUUUAUGGUAAUCAUGCCGAUAAUGACCUUUGUUUUGCCGGGGGUGAUACCAGUCUACGUAUGGAACGAAACAUGGACCGUAGCAUUCAGCAGCAUGAUCGUCCGCUACAUAUGGUUAUUGAACGCGACUUGUUCCGUCAACAGCUUCGCUCACAUAUGGGGCUAUCGACCGUACAACAGAAAUAUUAAGCCAACGGAAAAUACGAUGGUGUCCAUAGUUUCCCUCGGUGAGGGUUGGCACAAUUAUCAUCAUUGCUUCCCGUGGGACUAUAAAACCUCGGAGUUUGGCCGUUUCAAUCCGUCGGCCGGCUUUAUAAAAUUCAUGGCUCGGUUGGGAUGGGCGUAUGAUCUGAAGACAUCGAGUGAAGAGAUCGUCCACAGGUUCUACGCGAAUAAAGGCGACGGCACGCCGUGCCCCAUAACGAAACGCCAGUCGUGAUGACCCCGGCGGAUAAUUCCGAGAUUGUAAAUUCUCUCAAAGGGAAAGGAAAGAGGGGAAAAUUAAAGAAAGAAAGAAAGAGAUGAGAGUAACGAUCUCGUGUUGCCAAUUUAGCGACAGGGAGUCGGACUAGUGCGGUUGUCUCGACUCAGGAACUCGUUGUGACAAUAUUUCGAUGUAUCGUAUUUAGAAAUUUGAGAAAAUUCGCUUCAAGAGCGUACAUGUGCACGCUCAAAUUGCAGGUUUUAAUCAAUCCAUACGUCAUUUUAAUUAUACACUGAGUCAGCGUAACAGAAAAGUUCUGUUGGGUUUCCAGUAACGUUUCAUUUUACUGCAUUCGGUGAAAACGAAUUAUUUAUAAACCCAGUGAACGUUGUCGUUGUCUAUAAUCCUUCGUCUACGGUGUGCCUGACGGUAUAUUUUUAUCCUAGAUAUAGUAUAGCCGUCCGGUUUGCCGUCAAAGAAGACGGAAAAUCGAAAUGACAUUUCGUGAAAAUCGACAUUUUCACUGUACACUUUAGAUUCGCUUGCCGACUUUAGUCGUAUUUUUAUGAAUUAGAUACCAAAAAUUCUGUUUUCUUUCCGUUGCACACCAAAUAAUAUAACGCUUGUUAUUCUUCUCCGCCUCCAGCCAACACGGCUGCUCUUUCUUUCCGCUUCGAACACUAAAUAAAGUAGCGCGACGUUUCCAGUUACAUCCUUCACAGGAUCUGUGUAUCUUUCGAACUAAGAGAGCAAUAUGGAACACGACGGAUUGUAUUAUUUCGAUUUUCAAUGCUACCCCUUUUACGAGCGAAUUAUCCGGCUGAACUUUCAUGAGUGAUGCGCAUCGCCUAAUUAUAUUUGCAGAUUAUGUUUAUAUUAUCGCUCUCUCCCUCAUAUGUAAAAUGUAUAUAGAACGUAAUGGAUACAUAUUGACAUGUACACUUUCAUAAGUUGAAUCAAUAACAACACAAGUAUUCAAAGAUUUUACAACUAAUGGGACAGCUCAUAACUGUUACAAAUAAAUAUGACAAUAUUUGCGAAUAGUAUUUGCGAAUAACUCGUAAAUUACAACAGCUCUAUAUAAAGCGAGGUUUCAAAGAGCAUAACAAGUGAUAUCGCAGGUCGCAAAGCUCUAUCCAUAUUAUUUCGGUACAUUGUUAAAACGGUGCUGUUAAUUUAAUGUAUUUAAUUUCUAUGUAUUUAUCCGCGACUACACGACAUCCAUAAUGUAACCAUUUCAUUUUGAAACGGUACUAAAAGCUUUAAUUACAUGAUAGAAUUGAUAAAAGA